CUAAUGUUGUUUAUUUUUUUUUUAGAUCAGGAAGAAGAUAAAAAAUAUUUACAUAUUCAAGGAACUGUCAAAAUUCCAUCAAUAAAUACAUACAUUGUUCUUAAUUUUUGUUUACACCUACAUUAUUAUUGACAGCUUCUAUUAUUUAUAUUUGAAAUAUUUCUACAAUUAUUAUUAUUGUUCAAGUUUUAUAUAUUAAUAGUUGUCCAGAUGGAUAAUACAAAAAAAACAAGACAUUUUAACAGGCCAAAGUUCAUUGAUGAAGAUGAGAGACUUUUGGAUUUUAUGUGGAAAAUAUUUCAAUGGAAUCCAGAGUGGUUGGAUGAUCCAAAAUAUGAAAAAGAACCACCACCAAUUUUUGAAGAAGAGAGGAGUGUCAUAUCAACAUCAUUGUUUUAUGAAAAUUUUGAAGAUUACUAUCGUGCAAUGGAACCAUUAAUGUUACUUGAAUUUUUUCAUAUUUUAAAAAGAGAUGCAAAUGAUGAUUUUUCUGAUCAUAAAGAAAAAAAAACUAAAAAUAUAUCUGGACAAAUUCAUGGCUGUCAUGGGACAGUUAUAAAUAAAUCAAAAAAUGAACAACAAAAAUAUAAAAGAGUACAACGUUUUAUUUUAGAAACUGAAGUACUCAAAUCAAUUGAAGGAACAUUUCCAAUUAGAGGUGAAUUAGUUAGAUUAAAAUAUAACAAUGAUCAAGAAAUAUUGGGUUACAUUGAAGAUCUUUCACGUAUCAUAUUGUCAUCAUCAUCAUCAACUGGUGUUAGAUGUUGUCAAGUAUCAACAUGCUCUGGUUGUUUAUUGAAAUUAAUUUUUCAAAUACGUACAAAAGACGUAGCGAUACCAAACUCCUAUAAAAGUACAAUGCACUUAACAACUGUAACAUCAAUGGGACAAUAUUUACGCUUAAUACGUGCACUUGAAGAUCUCCCAGGUUCACAAUUAUUUAAAUCAAUAUUAAAGCCAAAUUGUGAAGAUUAUUUAAUGUCAGAAGCAAAUGUAUCAACAAUAUUACCAUUAAUAACAAAUCAAAAUUUAAAUAAAACACAACUUGAAAUAAUUGCUGGUGUUGUUGAAACAAUAAAAAAAAAAGAAAAAAAAAUAUGUCUCGUACAAGGACCACCUGGUUGUGGUAAAACAACAACAAUUGUUAAUAUUAUUGCAAAUGUAUUAAAAGAUCCAACAGCUAAAAUAUUAUUAUGUGCACCAGCAAAUAAAGCAGUUGAUGAUAUUGUAUUACGUUUAUUAAAAUGUAAUGAUUGUUUUAAAAAAAAUGGUAUUAAUUUAAAUAUUGUUAGAAUUGGUAGAGAUGAAGCAAUUGAUCCUGGUGUUAAAGAUUUAUCAUUUGCAAAUCUUUCAUUUAUUGCACAAAUGGAAUCAAUUAAUAUUACAAAAACAUUACAAUAUGAAAAAGAAGAAUCAAUACUUGAUAAUGCAAAUAUUAUUGCAUCAACAUUAUCAUCAUGUUAUUCAUAUAAAAUGGAAAGUAAAUAUGGUAUUGAUAGAGCUCAAUCAAUACCAGUUUGUAUUGUUGAUGAAGCUGGACAAGCAACUGAACUUGGUACAUUAAUACCAUUGAUGCUUGGUGUUGAAACACUUGUACUUGUUGGUGAUCCACAACAACUUCCACCAACAAUUAUUUCACAGGAAUCAAGAGAACGUGGUCUAGAUGUAUCACUGUUUGCUAGAGCACAAAAAAAUUUUGCAAAUGAUCCAUGGAACCCAAUAAUUAUGUUAAAUACACAAUACAGAAUGGUUGAGCCAAUAGCACGUUGGCCAAAUAAGUAUUUUUAUUCUGGUAAAUUAAAAACAGAAUCAAAAGUAUUACCAUUACCAUUUUGUCAUUAUAAAGUAUUAAAUCAUAAUUGUUUUCAAACACAAAGUCGUCAUGGUAAUGAGGGUGAAGCAAAAUUAAUUAUAAAUUUAUUAGUUGGUAUGAUUGAAGAAUUUAUUUCGAGAAAUAAUAAUAUUCCUAGUAUUGGAAUUAUAACACCUUAUCAUCAUCAAAGAAAAAUUAUCAUUGAAUAUAUUAAUAAAUUAUUAAGAGCAGGAAAACAAAGAAUACAAAAAAAACCAAAUGGUAUUAUAGAUAAAAAAAAAACUGAUAAAGAUGAUGAUGAAAAAGAAGAAGAAGAAGAAUUAUUAAAUCCUUUACAUCGUGCAUUAAAAACAGUACAAAUAAAUACAGUUGAUGGUUUUCAAGGACAAGAGAGUGAUAUUAUAUUAAUGUCUUGUGUUAGAAGCCAUGGAAUUGGAUUUAUUUCUGAUCCAAACAGACUCAACGUCAGUUUAACAAGAGCUAAACAUACCAUGAUACUCUUAGGAAAUUUUACAACAUUUAAAAAAAAUGUAAUGUGGAAGAAUUUACUUGAUGAUGCAGAGACACGUGAAUGUUUAAUCAAUAUUGAUGAUCCAAAUUUAUCAUCAGUAAGUCUUAGAAAUAUUGUCAUCGAGGAUAGAUAAAAUAAUAUCUAAAUAAAUAUUUGUUUAUUAUAAAUGGAAAAAGUUGUAAUACUUUUUAUCUAAAUAUAAUUUAAUAAAAAGUCAUUUGUUCAAUGUGAUUAUUUAUAUAUAAUUAAUUUAAUAAUCCAAAGAUGAAAAAUAUGUUAGUAAUAAUUAAAUUUACUAAAGAAAAAAAAAACAAAAUGAUUAAAUAAAAUAAUAAAAAAUUAUUUCUUUUUA